CUCUCCUGCUGUCCUCUUUUUGCGUUUGUUUGGUUUUGCGCGCACCACCAUCCACGACCGACUGUGCUUCUUUGUUUGAGAGUGAUGAUGCAGCAGGUGAGGGGUGCACGAGGUGUGCUGCGGCUGCUGCCACCGCUGCCCAUGCUCGCUCUGCUGUUUGCAGGGAUCGUUGCGUCCCUGCACUUGUGUGCACAUGCCAUUCCAACAACGCCGUGUCAUCAUGGCGCACUCACCUCCAGCAAAUGCGAGUGUGACCCUGGCUGGAGCGGCGAUGAGUGCAACGUGGUGAAACCAACCAUGAAGACGUGCCAGGCUUGGAAAGCGGCGCUGGGCACCGACGCCAAGGAUGGAGAGUACAUCAUCCACUCUGCCGCAGCCAAUGGCGGGUGCACACCGAAGCAGCUGCGCUUCGCGCUGGACACGUCCCGCUCGUCGCCGUGCGCCGACAGCCCGUGCGAGAACGGGGGCACGUGCGUCCCUGGUGAGGGCGGAUACACGUGUCUCUGCUCGGGCCCGUGGGAGGGCAACGACUGCUCCAUUGAGUGUGAGGACGGGCUGUGUAAGGAUCUCCCGUGCACGUGUGAACACGGCGGCGUCUGCAGCGAGGACACGUGCAUCGAGGAAGACAGCAUGCCACCGUGGUGCUCCCUCACCAAGCACUACGAUGAGGACAAGCAGCGCGGCGACUGUCUCAUUCACGCGUCAAAACCGUUUGUGAAGCCCUCGCCCAACACCCCACCGCCGAGCCCGCCGCCGCCCCCGCAGCAGGGGUUUGGCCACCAGUGCCUGCAGGCAAACGAGGGUGAGGAAGUUGUGCUGUCGUGUGCACAGGACAAGCGGCUUGUCAUUGCUGCGAUCCAGUUUGCGAGCUACGGAACGCCGACUGGCACAUGUGGCGAUUUCAAACAGGGAUCGUGUCAUGAGCCAACAUCGGCGGGAGUGGUGGAGGACCGCGUGUUCAACCGGACGUGCGGAUGGUUUGGGAAACACAUUGCCGUGCAGUACAAGUGUGGAUUUGAAGUCGAGGGCGAGUGGAUCACGGUUGAUGACGAGCUUCUGGCGAAUGUGUUGGAGAUGAAGGUCAUCACACACGCAGCGUGCGGCGGGUCCGCCCCUGGCGUGACAAUUCACAGCGAUGUCGGUGUCAGCAUGUCUGGAGCAAGCAGCUGCGGCGAUCCUUGGUGGGUGCUGGUUGAGAUGACGCUGCCGUUCCGUGUGACGGGCGUCUCGGGCACAAUUGAGGUGACCAACUCUCUCGAUGACACCGCGCAGUGCGACGGCGACUGCUGGACAGCCAACAUCACCUCUCUGCUGCCAUCAUCAUCGUCACCAUCGUCUUCGUCAUCAUCGGUCGCGCACGUGCCGGCGCCCGGUGUAUACUUCGGGACACCAACCACUGCCCUGAAGCGGGGCGGGGAGCUGUAUCACGUGUACUUCCAUCGCACGUGGCGCCUGCCCACCACAUUCCUCGAUACACCAACGUCGUCACUCGUCAUCGCUGUCGCUGCAACGGAGACUGCGCACCCGACACUCAACUUCAACCUGGAGGUGUUCCAGACGGCAGAAGCUGAGCAAGGGGUGGUUGCGACAUAUUCGUUCGACACUCCAAUCAACACCGCCGACAGCACAAUUGUUCCGGAGGAGGGAAGACCGCAGGGCGUCUGUGCACAGUGCCCGACAUGGGAGGAUACAGGGAUCAGCGGUGGCGCCCUUCGCUUUGACGCCGACAAGAAGCAGAGCAUCAUCCUGGGCUCCACGAGUGCGCUGCACAUGCGGCCGGCGUGGUCGGUGGCCAUGUGGGUAAAGCCCGUCUACUCAAACUGCAACCACGAUAUCUGCGACAACGAGCCGCUGUUGUGCACGGAGGAUUCAACGUCUGGGCGCCUCUGUCUUCUCAUCGACGGAAACACGAAGCUGCCUGUUCUCGACACGCUGAGGUGGCACGUGCGUGGUGAUCGGAUUGUGCACGAGAAGCAGUGGACACAUCUCGUGUUUGCGCUCUCGAACACAACGGCAACUGUCUGGGUUGACGGGUAUGCGACGACAAUGGAUAUCAUGAGCGUUUACGACGGGCGCUCUCGCCUCCUACUCGGCCAAGACUUUACGGAAUAUUAUUCCGGACACAUUGACGAGUUGAUUGUGUUCAGUCGAAUCCUGACGCAAUCUGAGGUGGAAGCGCUGUCCGGAAUUGAGCCGACAGUCCUCCCUCGCACGCUGUUUGACUUUUCCAGCCAAUAUCAGAGUGCGUCCGGGCUGGCGUCGAUCACGUGUGUGAACACCACCUGCCCGCACAUCAGAUGGAAGGACGUGGGCGGUCUUGGCGUCUACUUUCCACCGGCACCAAAGAGCUGCCUGCCUGUUGCUGAUGUCGAUGCACUUGGGGUGUCGUUUGACAAGUCGUUCACGGUUGCUGCUUGGAUCAAUCCAGACACCACCACCAGCAUGCUGCCACUUGUCGUCUUCAACAGCAACCCGAUUCUCGGUGCUCUCGCCAUCACCAGCGGCUUCCUGCAGCUCCUCACCAGCGGGAGCACAUUCCGACACACAGCACCGAUUCGCGCUCGCUCGUGGACACACGUCGCACUUCGCGUCUCAACAACAGCAAAGGCCAUCACCCUCUUCGUCAACGGCGAGGGCCAAACGAUGACGCGCGCGCCGAAUUUGAGAGCAGCGGACGUGGUUCGCAUUGGAUGCGGGCACGAUUCGUUCAUUGGGUGGAUGGACGACGUUGCAUUUUACGAUCAUGUUCUCGACGAUUCCGACAUUCGCGCGCUCGCGUCUCAACUGGCGCCAAAGGGCAUCAGCGCGGCGGGUGCCGGGUGCGACUUUGAGACGAGCAGCUGCACGUGGACGGGCGACGCGUGGACACGGCGGCGCGGGCCCAUGUCCGACGAUGCCAAUCACGGCCCAGUCGAGGAUUACAUGUUGCAGUCGCUUCGAACGACAGAUGUGCAGUGCGCAUUCAAUCACCACACCUUUCGCAUUGUGGAUAUGGAAACGCAAUACACAUUUGAUGAAGCCGUCAAAUUUGCGACGUACAUGGGAGGGCACCUUGCCACGAUUGUAACGAGGGAAGAGCAGCUGUGUGUGUUUGGCGCCACAAGUCGCCCCGUGUAUAUUGGAGGGCAGUUCGACACCGACGAAAACACGUGGAAGUGGAUUGCUGGUCCUGAGAGUGGAACGAACAUCAACAAAGGGUUUCAAAACUUUGCGGCACAGACUGCGCACCCAAAGCCAAACCUGGUGAUGAACUUCCCUGGCGAUGCGCACGGGACGUGGCGCGGGUGUGACGAUCGCAGCUGCUCGUUCGUGCGCGGAUUCAUUGUUGAGUUUGAACAGCCCACAGGGCAAGUGUAUGCAUACGACGCUGCGGGCAACGACACGCGCACAGAGUGGAACGACGAUACAGAGUUUCUGAACUGCUUCCACGAUGUCGGCGACAUUGCACUCCUCAACUCAUCCGUCCCAUCUGCGGUGCACCGGAACACCCGCGUCCUGGCCCAACAUUCGGUGCACGUGGGCACUGCCACGCCCUCGUCCCGCAUGACCAUCACCGCAACGUUCAUUGCCGUGAACCAGUGGGGCAGCAACGCCAGCGUGCACAUGCACGUGAACGACAAGGAGGUGUGGAUGUGGCGCCCCGCUGUUGGUGACAGCGAGCACAAGCUGCCAUCGUACAUCUGCGAUGAUGAGGACGGGCACUACUACCACACGUCGGGGCUCAAGGACCGGUCGCUGGAAGUGGAUGUGGGGGCGCCGGGCAACGGUGUCCUGUCCAUCCGGCUCGAAGGUGUUGGCAUGGGCGGCGACGCGCUCUUGGCCAUGCAGCAGUUCACAGUCGAUGUGGAGCGCCCUGGUCCUGCUGCUGUGUGUAUGGAUGGAAGUCGCGAGCCGUGCUAUGUCGCUGCCACCGUCGCUCCAGACACAUCCACGCCCAUUCUCUCCUCCGCCUUCCUCGCACCACCCGCCGAUACCAAUGCUUGCAGGCACGAGGGGUUGCGAUUUUGGUACAACAUGCGGGGCGAGCAGUGGCAGAGCGCCAACACGUGCAGCGACUUCGGCUGGACGGUCAUUAACGACACGACAAUUUGCUCAUCGAGCUCGAUCGACGGCCAGUGCCAUGAUCUGUCGACGUACAACACGGCUGCGUCGCUGUGUGCCGGCGUCGGUGCUCGCCUCUGCACAUUGGAUGAACUGCGAACGGCACCGGCAGAUACAGACGCGUGUGGACAUGAAGACGCCCGCGUGUGGUCCUCAACACCGUGCGAUGAAGAUCGUGUUGUGACAGCGGUCGUUGGCACGGACUCACGCGCCAAGGCAGAGUGCUCGUCGAUCCUCAAUCUUGCCGCCAAAGUCCACUGCUGCGCCGAUGCCGCCAUCACAGGCGAUCCUGCGCGCUUGGAUGUGCGCGUGUCCUCUGUUCAGUCGACGACGAAGAAGACAACCCCAAAGAUUGUGUGGGCCGCACUCGGAGGCAGCGACGAGUGGGUGGAAGCAACGGUUUCGUUGAAGGACCUUGAUGACCCGCUUCUCCCGUUCCAAAUUGAAUUCUUCGGCGAUUUCGUGAGCGGUCCGGACCACGCCCACUCCUCUGCUGCCGUUGCCGUGGACAGCAUUUCGUUUGAGGGCUGUGAACCUUCCACAAACCAUGGCAAUGAGGACGACUUCCAAAUCUACCAGCUCAUUCGCAGGGGCAUGCUGGCAUUUGCGUUGACCAGCGGCACGUGGACGACGAGUGGGCAAUCGGUCCAUGCGACCACGGCAACAGCAGCGGCGUAUGCGGCGGUCAACGAUAAUAGCGACAAGAAGGCUGCCGAUGCUGAUGCGAGCGCCUACUUGCAGUUGGGGAGUCAGGACUUUAAUGCUCAAGUCACCAUCACGGAUCUUGCAUCAUCGUCCAUUUCACUCGUUCUAAACGGCGGGCAGCUGGACGGCAAAAUGACGUUUAGCGCCAGCAAGGCGACGUUUAGUGGCGAUUUGUUGGGCGGCGCCCCCACAAGCGUGGAUGUUCCAUCGUCGCUGCCGCCGCAGUUUACGCUGUUUGUGAAGCGCCACGGCACCGCACUCUCAUUCUUCCUCGAGUCGACAUUGCUGCACAGCACUGACGUCGGCAACUUGAAUCUGCACCAUUUUGGUGUUGUCGCAGACAAGGGCGUCUCCGUCACAGAUGCAAGCGUUGCGCUGGUGUUUCAUGAGGACGACAGCACUGACGACGAUACACAGCCAGCAGAGCCAGUCAUCGAACAGACGGACAUUCCAGUGCUUGCAAGCACAGAUGAUGCCGUUGAGCACCCUGACGGUACUGUUGUUACGAAGACUGGGUCACUGGAUAUGGUGCGUGUGCAGCACAGCCAGUCCACAUCCAACAAGCGCGGGAUCGUUGGCAUUCGAUUCACACAUGUACCACUCUCCCGUGAAGACACCGUCACCAACGCCUACAUCCAGUUCACAGCGUCUGCGACCAGUGGAAGCGCUGCGCCGACGCUGACGAUUGCAGCCGAACUUUCACGAACGUCCAUUUCGUUUGAAAACGUCUUGCAUGGGGCGCCUAUGAAGGCGGAGGACAGCGAUAGCGCAGGCGGAGUGAAGUACUUCCUGUCCUCCCUCUUCUCCAGCAGCGACGCGUGUACAUUCAUUGGCGGUACAUACGAGGGAGGGGCACGCAACGACGACCGGCUCAGAGUGACCAAGUACUGGACUGCGAGUGGGGAGCUGGUGGCCCCGACGUCGCCAACACAGCCCGUGAUUCGGUAUCUUGAGUGCCGUCUCUCCGAUUCUGUUGCCGAUCAUGAGCUCUCGGACAGGCAGCGCACCACACACGCGGUGGCGUGGCAGCCAAAUGCGUGGGUGAAGGGCGAUCGAGGGGAAGACCAGCAGACACCGGACCUGUCUCCGCUCAUCAACGAGGUGGUGCAGCAGUGGGAUUGGGCUGCUGGUAAUGCCAUCAGCAUCUUCAUUGCCGGUCACAGCGACGCUGGCUCGUCUCGCAGUGCAUAUGCGUUUGACAGUGGGCAAAAGGACUUUGUGCCCACGCUGCAUAUUGAGUACACGUCAAGUGCUGUUGCGCCGGAACAAGAUCUCGAAGCCAUUUGCGUGUUUCCUUUCAAGUUCAACGACAAAGAAUACUUUGCGUGCACGGAGGAUGCGAAUCCCCUCCAGCUGUCCGGUGACACCUCCCGUCCCUGGUGUGGAACAGCCCCUGUGGCCAGUGAGCGCGACUUUGGGUUCUGCACAUCGCAUCUGGUGUCGACAUACGGUGGCAACUCCAACCCAGGCAAUUACACCGCCCACUGCGCUUUUCCUUUCGUCUACCAGGGCCGCACGUACACGGACUGCGUGUCGUUCACUGCAUCUGAUGGCCGUGAUGGCGAUCCGUGGUGCAGCACAACCCUCAACUAUGACGAAGACGGACUGUGGGGGUUUUGUGAGAUUCCAACUUACGGAGGAACAGCUGGUGGUGCACCGUGCAAGUUCCCCUUCUAUCUGUCUGGCAAGCGCUACACGGAGUGCACGACUGAUGGCGGUCGAGGCGCUGACCGUGCGUGGUGCUUCACGUCCGACACGACGGAGACAGACAGCGCAGGGGCGGCAUGGGGGUACUGUACCGAUGGAUCCGAGACUGUUUCGUCGUGGGGGUUCGAAUGCACGUGCCCACCCGGGUUUGAAGGGCACAGGUGUGAGCGCACGUGUGCAGAGGGAACAUAUGGCCGCAAUUGUCUUGGAACGUGUGCUUGCAAGCACGGAGCAGACUGCAACCCUGUCACAGGCGAAUGCAUCUGUGCUCCCGGGUGGACGGGUCCUGACUGCAACACGCCUGACAGCAGCGGCGGCAAAUUCUCGUGCAGUCUUUGCAUUAAUGCAGAUCCAGACUGGAAGUGCACAGAAAGCGACACCCAAUGCAAAUGCGCAGCAGGCUGGUCCCUGCCCUACUGUGUUGAAGAGUGUGCUCGUGGCAUGUACGGCAAGAACUGCCAGCAGCACUGCGGGUGCAAGCGCGAUGCUGUCUGUGAUGCAAUCACGGGCGAGUGUGACUGCCCACCCGGCUACACCUCGCAAUCCAAGUGCGCCGACCCGUGUGCCCCUGGGACGUUCGGUGAGGACUGUGAUGAAAAAUGCGACUGCAACGGCCAUGGCACGUGUCAUCAUGUCACGGGCGCGUGCACGUGCACCGACGGGUUCACAGGCGAGCACUGCAAGGAGCCACCAAAGCGCGUGUCUGUGUUUGUGAAUGAGCUGCACUACGACAACGCUGGUGAGGACGCGGGCGAAGCAAUUGAGAUUGCGGGACCAGCAGGUCUCUCGCUUGCCGGAUGGACUGUUGCCGUCUACAGCGGAACCUCAAGUGGAGCCGUGCACGUCAAGAAUGUCAUGGUGGGAAAGGCUGUGAUUCCUGAGAUGCAGGGCGGCAUGGGCGUGGUGAAGGUCUCCUUUCCCUCGAACACGUUGCAGAAUGGCGGGAGCUACGCCGACGGCUUUGCGCUUAUCGACGACACCAAUCAGGUUCUGCAGUUCCUGAGCUACGAGGGCAGCUUCGUUGCGAGCGAGGGCCCCGCAAAGGGGAUGAAGAGUGAAGACAUUGGCGUUCAGGAGAGGAGCGGCACACCGCGCGGUUACUCGCUUCAGCUCACUGGCGUUGGGUCGUCGUACCACGACUUUUCGUGGGCAUCACGCCCGCUCCCAAACACAUUCGGAGCCGUCAACACAAACCAGCGUUUCACGGGCGGUGCAGCCCUGGAAACACUCUCGUUCGUAAUCGGCGCGGGGGAGUAUUCGGACAGGCACAUUUCAACACUGUUGAGCAGUGGCGAAGACUUCACAUUGGAUGUGCUGGACCGUGUGUCCACCGCAUUGCGUGGCGUUGGCGUUUCGAAUGACGACGUGUCGAGCGUGUACAUUGUGCAAGCACGCGGUGCUGGUGUUUCGGUUCAUGUCACGUUGCAAUCAGCAGAUCUCCCUUCCUCCACGCUCAUCGUCAACAAGCUGUCGGAGUUGCGAACGCUCUCGUUUGGGGCGGAGACACUGGCGAUUCAAAGCGUCACAGAGGGCGAUGUGUGCCUGCAGGGAACGAGACGAAACCCAACGACGAACAAGUGUGAAAUGGCUGCGGCAACGACCACUCAACACCAAACGACGACGACGACCGCCACCACCACCACGGCUACUUCAAGCAGCAGCAGCAACAUGCGAUCGACACGAUCAACUACAUCAUCUUUCGUCCCGAGCAUUGAAACCACACCAACAACAACAGCAGGUGACUUCUCAACCACCACCACAUCGACCACAUCGACCACGCACCACUUGCAUUCGACCGCAUCAGCACCACCUACAUCCGCGACAGCGACAGGCCCGGUGACGAGUGGGGCUGAGCCGACAGAGACGCCUGCACAUGCUCACCACGCCCUCAGCAGAGCACAGCGCGGAGGCGUGAUGGCCGCCGUGAUUAUCGGAACCAUCAUCGUCGUUCUCGCUAUCAUCGCAUACUUGUCGAAGCGCGCUGAUGGGUCGUUCUGCCCACGACGGUCCACGCGUGGAUAUGCACGCAUGGCGGCGGCGGAAUACUUGGAGACGGAUGACGAUGAUGUGGACGUGCAUGAGCACCGCAACAGACAAUCGCUCACCAUCAACAACCCCGUCUGGGAGGGGCCAAUGGCGGACGACAGUGCUGGCGAUGGCAGCGUGUUUGAGGAAAAUGAUGACACCACCAAUGUUCACGAUGGUCAUGACGAUGACAGUGAUGAUGACACCAUGUUAACGUAGCGAUGGGUUUGAGGGACGAUGUGUGUGUGUGUGUGUUACCUUGUUUACGCGUGCGUGAUCUUAGCAAUGUUUUGUUUGGGAGCUGUCGGGUGCUCAUUGCUGACCAACCAAUGGGCUUGAGUUUGUUUGUGUUUAUGGUCAAUUACCACACCCAGCCACGCGGUGCUGUUAAGGUUGAUUAAAGCAGCAACAGUCAUUGGCAGCAUUGUGACAUGACAUUGUGGGGAAUACACAACUGACAG